AUCAAAAUGGACAAGUUCAACAUGAACCGAAACAACACGUGGUGGCAAAAAUACAGGCACGCCAAGAACCAUCACAGCCGGCUGAGUAUGGAGAUGGUUCUACGCAAGAGCUUCGCGCAGGUGCUGAGGGACUAUGUGCAGCACUGCUCACUCGCGGGGCUCAAGCAGGUGUGCGAGCGGGACAUCCCGAUCAGGCAUCGAAUUUUCUGGACCUUCUUAACCGCCCUCACCUUCGGCGCUAUGAUCUACAUGCUCAUGAACAUCUGGAAGGCCACAUUAAGCAACCCCCUGAUCGUGACCAUGGACUCUUCCACGUACCCCAUCGCCGAGAUCGACUUCCCUGCCAUCGCCGUGUGCAAUAUCAAUCGGAUUAGUAUGAAGUCCGUUAAGGAACGUGGGGCGACGAUGUACCAAAACAAGAAGAGAUUGCAUCCAAACACCACUCUGAACGACUUCGAAUGGUAUCUGAUGCAAACCGGUCGGCUCUUGGACUAUUCUUACAACGAGACUCUUAGACUACGUCUCCUGAAGUUUACCCCUCAGAACGCGGAGCACUCACAAAAAAUUAUAGAGGGUAUGAAAGGGCUGGCUCCAUCCUGCGAAGAAAUGCUGUUACGUUGUUCCUGGGACGGACAAGAAGUGAACUGUACCGAUAUCUUCACCAUGCGGCGCACUGUUCUGGGGCACUGUUGCGCAUUCAACUACGUGCUUGAGUACGACUCUAUGGGCAGGCCUGACAAAAGCAAAGACCUGAUCGGGAAUGUGAUGCGGCAGAAGCAGGCGGGCAUGCAUCACGGGCUCGUCGUGGUGUUAGAUCCGCUUCUGGAAGACUAUGCCUAUCCUCUGCGGAACGUGGAAGGUUUUGAUAUAUUUCUGUUCGACCCAACUCACUUCGCGGAUCCAAGCGGUGGGCGCGUGCUGCAGCGCGUGUCCCAGCCCAAUGAAGCCAUGGUGUUAGAGCUGCGAUCGGUCCGGCAGAUCGCCACGGCAGAAGUGAGGAAGUACCCCCUUAGCAUUAGGAAAUGUCUCUUCCACGACGAGGUUCCCGAACACUUCGGGAGCAUGUACUCAUACAGCGCAUGCAUUGCGCGCUGCCGGAUCAAGACCAUCCGCUCUCUCUGCAAGUGCACGCCUUACUACUUGCCUGCCGGCGACAAUGGCGAGACUGUCUGCUCACUGUUGGAUCUGUGGUGCCUCAACAAGUAUAGAGAAAAACUUCUCUAUUUCUACCCGUUCAACUCAAACGCCAAGUUUGGGCUCGAGAUGGAACGCCUAGACUCGCUCAACUGCCCCGAGUGUCUGCCGGACUGCGAGCUGACGAAACACUCCACCAAGUCUUCCGUGAUUCCGUUCAGGGAUCGAGGACUCGGAGACCAGGCAGUGCUGCCGGAUCUCGCGAAAGGACUCAACGUCACAGAAUUAACUAACGUAGCGAUGGUGUACAUCUACCAGCCGACAAACGACGGAAUUUUGGACCGGCUCGACGUAGUGUCCUACUGGUAUGAAAUACUGAGUAACAUAGGCGGUUUUGCAGGUAUCCUCGUCGGAUUCUCUAUCAUUAGCGCAGUCGAAAUAUUUUAUUAUUUCGUCAUCCGAUUCGUUCAAGUUCUGUGCUCGAACUGGAAAUUAUAUUAUUAA